AUGUCGUCUUCCUACGAUGGCUCGCGCUCGGUGCGCCAGUCUAAGCGGUACUCCAUGUCUGCUCUCUACAUGUCCAUGUCGGCAAAUGAGGGAGAGCUCCAGAUUGAAGAUGAGCUAGCCAAAGCCCAGAAAACCCUUCGCGAUCUCAAGUCUAGCAUCUCGUCCCAGUCCAAGAAGAACUUCGUCCUCGAAAAGGAUGUCCGCUACCUCGACUCCCGCAUCGCCCUGCUGAUCCAGAACCGUAUGGCCCUGGAGGAGCAAAACGAGGUGGCUAGCCAUCUCGAGGAUGCUACCGACAUGCAAGAGGGCUUCUUCCCCAACGACGACAAGACGCAGAAAUACGGAAACCUCAUGUUCCUCCUCCAGUCCGAGCCGAGGCACAUCGCUCACCUUUGCAGGCUCGUGUCCAUGGCCGAGAUCGACUCGCUCCUCCAGACGGUCAUGUUCACUAUCUACGGAAACCAGUACGAGAGCCGAGAGGAGCACCUGCUCCUGACCAUGUUCCAGUCGGUCCUCACCUACCAGUUUGACAACACGACCGACUACUCAUCGCUGCUGCGGGCCAACACGCCCGUGUCGCGCAUGAUGACGACGUACACGCGCCGAGGUCCCGGACAGAGCUUCCUCAAGACCGUCCUGGCCGAGCGUAUCGACAGCCUGAUCCAGCUGCGCGACCUGGACCUCGAGAUCAAUCCUCUCAAGGUCUACCAGCGCAUGGUGGAGCAGAUUGAGGAGGACACGGGCAAGGCCCCGCCCAACCUGCCCAAGGGCAUCACGGCCGAGCAGGCGGCAGAGAACCCUCAGGUCCAGGCCAUUAUCGAGCCGCGCCUGACGAUGCUGACCGAGAUCGCCAACGGCUUCCUCAACACCAUCAUCGAGGGACUCGACGAGGCGCCCUACGGUAUCAGGUGGAUCUGUAAGCAGAUCAGGAGCCUGACCAAGCGCAAGUACCCAGACGCCAACGACCAGGCCAUCUGCACCCUGAUUGGUGGUUUCUUCUUCCUCCGCUUCAUCAACCCGGCCAUUGUCACGCCAAAGUCGUACAUGCUCAUCGAUGGCGUCCCCGCCGAGAAGCCGCGUCGCACCUUGACGUACAUUGCCAAGAUGUUGCAGAACCUGGCCAACAAGCCGUCGUACGCCAAGGAGCCGUACAUGGCCAAGCUGCAGCCGUUUAUCCAGUCCAACAAGGACCGCCUCAACCGCUUCCUGCUCGACCUCUGCGAGGUGCAGGACUUUUACGAGAGCCUCGAGAUGGACAACUACGUGGCCCUCUCCAAGAAGGAUCUCGAGCUCGACAUCACGCUCAACGAGAUCUACGCCAUGCACGGCCUGAUUGAGAAGCAUCAGGGCGAGAUAUGCAAGGAUGAGAACUCGCACCUGGCCACCAUCAUGUCGGAGCUGGGGGCCGCUCCGCCCCAGGUCCCCCGCAAGGAGAACAGGGUCAUCAACCUGCCUCUGUUUAGCCGGUGGGAGACGGCCAUUGACGACCUGACGUCCGCCCUGGACAUUACGCAGGAGGAGGUCUAUUUUAUGGAGGCCAAGUCGAUAUUUGUGCAGAUCAUGCGUUCGAUAUCGGCGGGCAGCCCCGUGGCCCGUCGACCGCUCCGGCUGGAACGCGUGGCCGAUGCGGCCGCGACGUCGCGCAACGACGCCGUCAUGGUGCGCAAGGGCAUCAGGGCCAUGGAGCUCCUCUCCCAGCUGCAGGAGCUGGGCGUCAUCGAUAAGAACGAUCAAUUCGGCCUCCUGCGCGACGAGGUGGAGCAGGAGCUGCAGCACCUGGGCUCGCUCAAGGACGGCGUCCUGGUCGAGACGGUCAAGCUCAACGAGGUCUACAAGACGAUCCGCGACCACAACACCUACCUCGUCGGCCAGCUCGAGACGUACAAGAGCUACCUGCACAAUGUCCGCUCGCAGUCCGAGGGCACCAAGCGUAAGCAGCAGAAGCAGCAGGUGCUGGGCCCGUACAAGUUCACCCACCAACAGCUUGAGAAGGAGGGCGUCAUCCAGAAAAGCAAUGUGCCCGAUAACCGGAGGGCCAAUAUCUAUUUCAACUUCACCAGUCCACUCCCCGGGACUUUUGUCAUUUCUCUACAUUACAAGGGUCGCAACCGUGGUCUUCUCGAGCUCGAUCUCAAGCUAGACGACCUUCUCGAGAUGCAAAAGGACAACCAAGACGAGCUUGACCUCGAAUAUGUCCAGUUCAACGUUCCUAAGGUACUUGCCCUCCUUAACAAGCGUUUUGCCAGGAAGAAAGGCUGGUAG